AUGUCAUCUUCCUUCUUCCUCCUCUCAGCAGACAAGCGAGAUCGCAUCCAGUUCUUUCUCGACUCACUUGAGCCCACUCCACCGAACAUGAGCGACAUGUCCCAGGACAGCCUGCGGUCAUCCAGCCUCUCUGAGUCGCUGCUCUCCGAUCCCAUUGACCCCCCCUUGAGCGAGACCGGUACCACCCUGCCCUCGGAGGCUUCACAACGUCCUCAAACAUGGGAUGAUGUCCCUCAAACCUACAAAGUCGGUGAUGGUGGCGUGCAUCUCAUGCCAAGGAUGGGCAUCACAAGGGGUUGGUUCUGGGAAUACGGAUUCAGAGUUCGCAGGAAAGAAGACAACCCCAAGGUCAUCCGUUGGCUCUGCAAGGCCUGUUCCUGUGCGAAGAGACCACCGAGAAACCCGUAUACCCUCCUUGCCUCGAACCCCGAGAACAUCUACAGGCACCUAGCAGUUCAACACAAGAUCUUCUCAGAAGACCCUAGCCAAGCCGACAAGUACAGAAAGAAGCCGGCCCUCCACCAUCAGUCCUCGAUCGAUACAUUUACAAAGAAACGGAAAGUCGACGCAGCCUUUGAGCAAGAUCAGAUUGCUCGGUUCGACAAGAUGAAGUUCCGACGGCUCAUUGUCAACUGGCUUGUUGAAGCGAACUUGCCCUUCACCGCAGCCACCAGCCCAGCCCUUCAAGCUGCCUUCCACUACGCUAAUGCGCGUCAAGUGGCGGCCCAACAAGCGAUGCCGGACCCUCGGGCUGUCAGGAAGCAGAUCUUGAGCGACUUUUACAAGUACAAGAGUCGUGUGACGGAGGCAUUGGCACGGAGUCCUGGGCAGGUACACAUUGCAUUUGAUGGAUGGACCUCUCUUAACCGUCACGGCUUUUUGGCCAUCAACGCUCAGUUUCUUGAUGAGAACUUUGAGCCGAGGAAGGUCCUUCUCGAUCUACCUCAUGUGGAAGGGAAUCACACCGGUGUCAAUAUGGGCUGCGCACGUCGAAGAGGUCCUUCCAGCAGUUUGGUAUCACAACUACGUCGACUCAACUCGGCUACUUCACAGUUGACAACGCUUCCAACAACGAUACGGCACUGGCAGAACUCGUGGCCCUUAAAGGACUUGAAGCUCGUGACGCCCCCGAAGAUCCGAAUUCGUUGCUUCGGCCACAUUCUCAAUCUGGUCGCUCGUGCCCUGUUGUACCCCAAAGAAGCACAACUCCCAGAGGAUAUCGACGAAGACGACUUUGAUAGCUGGAGGAGAUCUGGGCCAAUUGGCCGCCUGCAUAACCUCGUGGUCUGGAUACCACCGGUCCCAGUUGGCAACCGACUUCCUACGCAACCCUCCAGAAAGAGGCCGGGCCGUACGAAGACUCUUGACGUGGUCGUUGACAACGUCGACACGGUGGCUUUCCCAAUUCUACAUGAUGAAGCGGGUCACUCGAGCUGCGGCCGUUUAUUGAGGAGCUUGUUGGAUGACUGGAGCGCGAUUCAAUGGUUCUGCGCGAUCCUGGAACAUUUUGAGAAACGUCUCAAGAUGUUGGAAGGGGAUAACCAGCUCCGAGUUCGCCGGGGGGGCAGGACGACCCGACUCAGUGGCAUUUGGGAGGUCUUCUCAGCGUUUGAUCAGCUGCUUCACAAGCUUGAGAAUGCUAAGGUUGAGGCAAAGUCUCGCCCAGCGCCGAGCUAUUAUCAAGGAUGUGUCAACGCUGCUUGGGACAAACUUGAUCAAUACUGGUCCAAGAUCGCCGAAUCGCCUAUCUACUACGCCGCCACCGUCCUUCACCCCGGAUUUGGUCUGCAGUAUCUCACCGGCGCCCUUCAGGAUCAGCCAGAAAAAGGCCUUUCACGCAUCGAGGCCAUGGCCGCCAAGAAGAGAGGGCGUGAGUGGGCAGCUGAGGCCGAGAAGAUGGUACGUGGUCUCUGGGAACAACAAUAUCGAGAUCUUGACCCUGAUCCUCGAUGGGGUGUGUUAUCUCCAGCCUCCCCAGAUAUGGACCACUCGGAUCUCGACGAGGAAGAGCGAGCCAUCCACCGCAAACGCAACCUCAGCACAAUCAGCAGCGGGCCAUCAACUACACAAGCGGUUGAUGAACUGGAUCGUUGGCUUCUCUCAGUCGAGGGGAGAUACCUUUCUCCCAAGGCCGACCCGAUUAAGUACUGGGUGGACCGCCGCUUCGAAUAUCCCCGACUGGCAAAGAUGGCCUUUGACGUGCUCAACGUCCCUCCUAUGGCAGCUGAGUGCCAACGUCUCUCUGCCAUUCUCUCGCAUAUUCUUUUGCUAUCCCCGGCGGUCGACGUCAUAUUUCUCCAAGAACUCUCUCGCGAAGCUUUCCUGACCCUAUUAAACGAGCCUAAAAUUCGCCAGAGUUGGUUUCUCAGCGACGCAGACGCCAUCCUUCCGGCUGGGCAAUCAUUCACAACUAUCACCCUUCUCUCCAAGGCGCGCUUCCAGAGACCCGGCCGUCUCUGGCGAGUCAAGUAUCAAAGCCGCUUCGAAAGGGAUGCGCUCUGUUGCGACGUUUUCGCUCCAACAGCUUCCGAUGAACCUGGUGAAGGUACCCGCAUGCGACUUGUCAACGUGCACUUAGACUCUCUCCCUAUCCAGACCUCCCUCCGGCCAAACCAAGUCUCUAUCGUCGCUGUCCUGCUCAAGUGUGCAGGCCGGGGCCUUGUUGCGGGUGACUUCAACCCGGUCCUGCCCGCUGAUAGCACCCUCGUUCAAGACAACGGCCUUGUGGAUUCGUGGGCUGAGCUCCACCCCGGCGAUCCCGGGUUCACCUGGGGUGUCGACGGGAAAGAGCCAUUCCCACCGAAUCGAAUGGACAAGGUUGCUGUGGUUGGGCUGAGGGCAGAGGACAUGGAGAUACUACCACCGGGAAACCUAAUGAGGAGAGAACAGGGGGGAGAUUCUGGCCAAAAUGUUGUGGCUUGGAGCGACCAUUCCGGCCUGAGAUGUUCAUUUAGGCUAUUAGAGGAGCGCCAUUGA